AUGACCCCUACCAAUUCCGUUACUGGAUCCCGUCCACCCACCCACUGGAUCCCCUGUGCGCUCCUCCUGCCCGCAGAAGCUGAAAUUCCUCCUAAAGAAACCGGCACUCUCUUCCCAGAUGGGCUGCCCCUGGUCAGCAAACGCAUCUCUGGUGGCUUACCUUGCAUUCCACACUCCCAGCCCUGGAUAGCCGCACUGUUUUACAAUGACUAUACAUACUGCUCUGGAGUUCUGGUGCACCUGCACUGGGUGUUGUCAGCUUCACACUGCUGGAAACCAUCCUACACCAUAGGGCUGGGUCUGCACACACUUUUUGAAUGGGAUGAACCAGGCAGCCAGAUGGUUGAGGCCAGUGUCUCCGUGCAGCACCCAGACUACGUCACAGCUUGGAAAGGCUGUGACCUCAUGCUCAUCAAGUUGAACAGACCGGUUGUGGAAUCAGACACCAUCCGGAUCAUCCCCGUCACAUCCCAAUGUCCGACACCUGGAACCAGGUGCUGCAUCUCUGGCUGGGGUCGACAAUUGGAUGGUGUGUACCCUGAGAGUCUGCAGUGUGCAGUUAUUCCAGUGCUAUCAGAGCAGUACUGCAGAGCACUGUAUGACAAAUACUACCACUGGAGUAUGUUCUGCGCUGGUGCUCAGGGCUAUAAGGACACUUGUCCGGUCUAUGCCCCUGGGGUGGUGGAGCACAGCAUGAAGCCUCAGGCUCAGAGGAAGGGUCUGACCUUGGAACUGCCCUGCUUGAGCCCCAGAGGUGGAGCCCAGACCUUGUCCCUGCUUGUCCCUCCUGAUAUAACUUGUGCUUUCGUAACCCUGAUCCUCCCAUCCCCUGCCGGAUCCAUUACCGGAUCCCACCAGACCCCACCCACCCACUGGGUCCGCUGUGUGCUCAUCCUGCCCGCAGAAGCUGAGAUUCCUCACAACGUAAACACCAGUCACUUCCAAGAUGAGCUGCACCUGGUCAGCAAACGCAUCUCUGGUGGCUCUGAUUGCAUUCCACACUCUCAGCCCUGGCAGGUGGCCCUGUUCUACAAUGGCUCUUUGCAAUGCUCUGGAGUCCUGGUGCAUCGAAAGUGGGUGCUGUCAGCUGCACACUGCUGGAGGAGCUCCUACACCAUUGGGCUGGGCCUGCACAGAGUUGACGAUUGGAAUGAAACAGGCAGCCAGAUGAUUGAGGCCAAUUUCUCCGUGCAGCAUCCAAAAUACGUCGCACCUUCAAAAGACAAUGAUGUCAUGCUCAUCAAGUUGAGCAAACCAGUUGAGCAAUCAGACACCAUUCGGACCAUCCGAAUUGCCACCAAAUGUCCAGAAACUGGAGCCAUGUGCUCGGUUUCUGGCUGGGGGCGGACAUUGAGAGGCCAUUUUUCUGACACUCUGCAGUGUGCGCUUAUUCCUGUGGUAUCAGAGCAGUCCUGCAGAGCAGCAUAUGAGGAGUUCUAUCAUGAGAGUAUGUUCUGUGCUGGUGGUAAGGGCCACAAGGACUCUUGUCCGGGAGACUCUGGUGGCCCCCUGGUCUGCUGUGGGGUCCUGAUGGGUCUUGUGUCUUGGGGACACCGUCCCUGUGCUCAACGUGGAGUUCCAGGCGUCUACACCAAGCUCUGUCAUGUCUAUGCCUGUGCUACCUUCAUCUUCCUCAACCACUGUGACUGCCUGUGA